ACACAGCUAAAGUCAAAGCUAGUUUCUUAGUUGACUUCCUGUCUUGGAUAUCUGACUGGUAGAGACGCGUCCCAACGGCGAUCUGCCGAGCAAACCGGUUGAGCUUCCCGAGAAGGGCGAUCAGCCCAAAUGGCUACUGGAUGGCUUCGUGGCACGGUGAAGGAGGUUGUGUCAGGUGACACUCUGGUCAUCGCUGGCACUACUAAGGGACCGGGCCCGGCUCCGGAGAAGCGAAUCACCCUUUCAUCGCUUAUGGCUCCCAAGCUGGGUAAGCGCGAUGGCACCAGCAAGGAUGAGCCGUUUGCCUGGGACUCUCGCGAGUUCCUGCGCAAGAAGUGCAUCGGCCAGCCCUGCGUGUUCCGUGUGGACUACGUGGUGGAGGCCAUCGGCAAUCGCGAGUUCGGCUCGCUGUUCCUGAACCAGCAGGACAACGUGGCGGUGGAUGUGGUGGCGCAGGGCUGGGCAAAGGUUCGGCAGGUGGGCAAGGAGCAGAGCCCCUACCUGGAGGACCUCAAGCGGGCGGAGGAGGCGGCGCAGGCGGCGGGCAGGGGGGUGUGGAGCAAGGACCCGGCGCGCACCGCCAAGGCAGUGAGGGAGGUGGCAGGGCAGGACGACGACGCCGCCUCGCUGCUGCUGUCGCGUGUGGGCAAGGGCGGGCAGGUGGAGGGGGUGGUGGAGGCCGUGCUGGGCGGCUCCUCGCUGAGGGUGUCGCUGCUGCCGGGCGGUUGCAUCGGGCUGCUGGUGAACCUGGCGGGGGUGCAGUGCCCCUCGCUGGGGAGGAGGGGCACCCCCGCCGCUGACGCCACCCCCGCCCCUGCUGCUGCUGCUGCUGCUGCUGCCGGGGGUGCGGAGGGCGCUGCCGCUGCCCCCGCUGCCGCCCCUGCCGCCCCCACCGCUGCCUCCAUCGCCGCCGCCACCGCCGCCACCCCCGCUGAGCCCUUUGCGAGGGAGGCCAAGGCGUUCAGCGAGGCGCGCGUGCUCAACAGGGAUGUGAAGCUGGUGUUGGAGGGGGUGGACAAGUACGGCAACCUCUUCGGCACGGUGCUGUACACCCCCCCUCCUGCUGCCGUACAGCCUGCUGCUGCUGCUGAGGGUGCUGCUGCCCCUGCCGCCCCUCAGCAGGAGAACCUGGCCGAGCAGCUGUUGAAGCAGGGCUUUGCCAAGUGUGUUGAGUGGUCGCUAGCCCUCAUGGCCCCCUCCGCCGCACUCAAGCUGCGGGAUGUGGAGAAGGUGUCCAAGGCGGAGCGGCGGGGGGUGUGGACCGGGUACGUGCCUGCUCCCACCAACCAGAGCAAGCUGUCCGACCACUUCACGGGCAAGGUCAUUGAGAUCGUGAGUGGCGACUGUGUUGUGGUGAAGGAUGCGGCCAACGGGGCGGAGAGGAGGGUCAACCUGUCCAGCAUCCGCGCCCCCCGCCCACCCGCCCGCGAGCGCUCCGGAGAGCCCUGGGCCUCCGAGGCGCGCGAGUUCCUUCGCAAGAGGGUGAUCGGGCGGGCGGUGGAGGUGCGCAUGGAGUACACGAGGAAGGUGCAGACGCCUGAGAUGAUGCUGGCGGGCGAGGCCGAGCGGGUGCUGGCCUUCGGAAACGUGGAGCUGGUGCCGGAGAAGGGCGAGGAGAAGCAGAACAUUGCGGAGAUGGUGGUUGCUCGCGGCUUUGCGACCGUCAUCAAGCACCGCACCGACGAGGAGCGGAGCUGCGUGUACGAAAAGCUGAUGGAGUGUGAGGAGCUGGCCCGCUCCUCCAAGCGCGGGCUGCACUCGCCCAAGGAGCCUCCCGCCAACCGUGUGAAUGACGUGAGCGCGCCGGGGCAGGCCACUCGGGCCAAGCAGUACCUACCCUUCUUCCAGAGAGCAGGCAAGAUGCAGGGUGUGGUGGAGUACGUGCUGAGCGGGCACCGACUGCGGGUGCACAUCCCCAAGGAGGGGGUCACCAUCGUGUUCGCGCCCUCCGGCAUCAAGACGCCCUCGCGACCGCAACCCGCAGGGAAUGGGCGGCCGGCGGUGCAGGGUGAGCCCCAUGCCGAGGAGGCGUUCGCCUACACUCGCGAGCUGAUGAUGCAGCGCGACGUGGAGGUGACCGUGGAGACAAUGGACCGCGGCGGUACCUUCCUGGGGGCGGUGACGCUGCUGGCGGGGCCGGCGGCGGCGGGGGGCGGCGCGCCGGCGACUGCCAGCGGCAAGCCGUUUAACCUGGCACUGGCGCUGCUGAGCAAGGGUCUCGCCCGGCUGCAACCCGGCGUGGACCCCUCCCGGCUGCCCGAGGGGGGUGAGAUGGUGAGGCUGCAGCAGGCGGCAAAGGAGCAGAGGCUCAAGAUCUGGGAGAACUGGACCCCCGACAUGGACCGCGAGGAGGGCGACGAGGAGGCAGACAGUGCAGCCCCCACCACCUCCUCCGCCCCCAGCAACGGCGCUGCUGCCGCGGGCGCAGGAGCUGCUUCUGCCGCCCCAGGUUCAGCUGCAGGUGCCGCUGCUGCUGCCUCCAGCGGUCGGGCCGCGUGGGGCGGUGCUGCUGCCGCCGCCCGGCCUCAGCAGGAGGUGCUGUCAGUGACGGUGACGGAGGUGGUGGAUGCGGGGGAGUUCUACGUGCAGGUUGCGGGGGAGCCUCGUGUCGCCUGGCUGGCUGAGCAGCUGGGGGCGGUGGCGCUGACGGAUGCACCGCCCAUUCCCCCCGAGCUCAAGAUGGGGCAGAUGUGCCUGGCACAGUUCUCGCUGGACGGCUGCUGGUACCGAGGCUACGUGGAGCGGGUCAACCGCAGUGAGCCCCAGUACGACAUCUUCUUCAUCGACUACGGCAACCGGGAGAGGGUGGCCAGCGACAAGGUUCGCUCCAUCGACGCCGCCCUAGCCGCCGUGCCCCCCCAGGCGCUGCCCUGCUGCCUGGCGCAUGUUGUCGUACCCGCCCCGGGCAGCGACUGGGCGGCGGACAGUCGGGCGGUGCUGUCAGGGCUGCUGGGAGGGGGGCGGCAGCUGCUGGCACAUGUGGUUUCCCGCGAGCGCGCCGACCCCAAGUCCCGCCACCCCAAGGGCCGCAACGGCAAGUUGACUGCCGUACUGGUGGAGCCCGACACCAACACCAACAUCGCUGUGGAGAUGCUGCUGGCCGGUGUUGCCCGGCUGCCCAAGCUAAACAAGGUUCGCGACCCGGCGGCACGGGAGGCAAUCCAGGCCAUGCAGGAGUACGAGGAGGAGGCCCGGCAGGCGCAUCGCGGCAUGUUUGUGUACGGCGACCCGGGUGACUCGGAAGACGAGGAGACGCAGGGCGGCGGCCGGGGGGCAGGCGGGGCGCCGCGGGGGGGACGUCGGUGAGGGGAAGAAAGCGGGAGAUAGCGGUGAUGGUGAGGGGGUAGGGUAGGGUAUGGUAUGGUAGGUUGAGGUUUGAGGGAGAUGUGUACGGGAGGAGGGUGUUCAGGCGCGGUGUGACGGACGAGGUGACGAGGUCGGAGGGAGAGGACGGGAGAGGUGACGGAUGGGGAGGAAGGGGGAGGAGGAGAUGUGUUUUGUGGUGGAUGCUUGAUGGUGGUAGCGGGUUAAGCCCGCAUGUGGGGUGAGGUGGAUGCGGAGGAGAAGAAUAAUGUGCAAGGGAGGCAUGGUUGCUGCAGGGGGAGUGGAUAGAAGGGUGGGGCGGAAGAGGUGGCAGCGGCUUGUUGCUGGUGGGGGUGCAUGUUGGUUUUGUUUGGCUUGAUCGCCGGUCUUCCCUCGGGCCUUUCACUUGAGUACCCUGGGCUUCCUCGCUUCUUGGCCCCCCGGCAUGGAGGAGGAGGAGGAGGUUGCUGCUCAGCUGCUUAUGCCAAGUGUUUCUCUGCAUGGAUUUGCUGGUCAAACGGUGCUUGGGUGGUGUGGCGUGGUGCAUGGAGUGUGUUAGCAGCGUUCAGAUCAGCUCAGCAUCAGCCUUCCUGUGACGGUUUCUAUUGAGAAACACGGGGGUUUCGCACGGAGAAGGUCGCCAUUAUUGGUACACCUCGGAGCUAUUUGCUUAGGCAAAGCCAAUGACAUGUUUCUCCGGUUGUUGGCAUGUGGUGCACUGCACACGCAACAAAAGUCAAGAAUGGGCCUACGGAAUUCUUUCCCAAAUAGGAAAUGCUGUUGAACUAAGGGAAGGCUGUAAACGCCUCGUGCUU